UAGAAGGAUCCGACCCGUCCCGUCACGUCCCUGCUUUUUCUCUUCGCAUCGUCUUCCUCCUCCGCUCGCUCCGCUUCUCUCGGAACCCUAGCCAUGGAGAAGGGCAAAGGUUUGGCGCGGCGAUGGGCGGUGGAGUUUGCCGCGGACAACUCCUCCUCCUCCAUCUCGGACGUCCCCGAUCCCCUCGGUUUCAAUCGAUCCUCGCUCGAUCUCGAUGAUGCGAGCGGGGCGCGUCAGAGGAAAGAGGCGGAGGCGGCGUGGAAAUCGCAGAAAGCAUGGGAAGUGGCUCAAUCCCCUUUCAAGAACUUGCUGAUGAUGGGCUUUAUGAUGUGGAUGGCUGGAAAUGCAGUCCAUCUAUUCAGUAUCGGCAUCACCUUCUCAGCUCUUUGGCAACCAAUAAGUGCCCUUCAAGGCGUUGGAAAAGUUUUCGAGCCAUACAAGGAUCCAAGGGUAGAUAUACUUGCACCUAAGUUGCUCUUUAUUGCCCUUAACUUGGCUGCGCUGGCUUUGGGCGUGUGGAAGCUGAACUCUUUGGGUCUUCUUCCAACACACACAUCUGACUGGGUUUCAUCUCUAGCCCCAGCUCCUGAGGUUGAGUAUGCUGGCGGUGGUCGUCCGAUCCUUUAAUUUACUCGCAGCUGAUCCCCGUUUUGAUACUUCUCGGCAAGCACGAAUAGCUCACGUCUUGCAAAUUGGAUGCUGCUGUAGGUGAUCAAGCACAGGGUGAACUUAAAUUCAACUGUUCGUGUAGUUUUUGUCGCAUUUUGUAACUUACUACAAUCUUCUGUCGAUCAGAACUCACACACUUUAUCUAUUAGAUUUUUUUUCUUUCUGGACACACUACUGAAUCUUGUUAUUGCUUUUUAGAUUCCCGUUGUGCCGCGAUUGUAGCGUUUGGAUUUUCAUAUGCUAUUUUAGUCCCAUCAUGUUUCAGAGGGUUAAGAUGAA